GGCCUACUCACUCUCCGCUCGCCCACACCAACCCACAAACCAAAAAUAUCACAAUGCAUCGCUCGUGCCUUCACCACCGCCCUCAACCUGUCAACAUUUUCUCACCUGGCAAAACUUUAUCUUCACAAAAACGUAAAAGUCCUGUCACUGAACACUUCAUCUCCUUCCACUCUACAUCCCCCUCACACCCACACCACCAUGAAAGACCAAAACACUGCCUACGAGCGCAUUAAAAUCGCACAGGUUAUCGGCUACUACUUCGCCGUAUCUCUUUCGAUGAUCUACUUUAACAAAUUGGCACUAAUGAAAUCAUUCCCCUGCCCCAUCACCCUCACCUUCUUCCAAUUCGUCGCUUCUCUCCUCCUGUGCUUCCUUGGGAACAUCGCUGGAAAUCACCUCCCCGCCCUAAGCUUUCUUCCUCCGGUGCACUUAGAGAUCAAAACGUUAAAAAAAGUCGCCCCGUUGACCGUCAGCUACGUCGCCACCAUCGUUUUUAACAACAUGUGCUUACAAUAUGCUAAACUCCCAUUCUACUUAAUAGCACGCUCCCUCACCAUCUUUUGGACCGUCCUGUUCGAAAAGCUCAUCCUUAAUAAAAACACCACCAAAAAACGGUUGAUCGCUGUCUUCCUCCUCUUCUGCGGAUUCAUCCUCGGAUCGCUGGGAGAAAUCGAUUUUUCUCUGUCUGGAUUCGUUCACGGCAUGCUCUCGUCCAUGUUCCUCGCCCUCUACGGUAUAUACGUCAAAAAAACGCUGGCCUAUGUCGACAAUGACCAGUGGAAACUGCUCAUCUACAACACCUCCAUCGCCAUCGCUUUCACUUUCCCACUGAUCUUCAUAUACGAGUCAAACUACCUCAAACCUGCCGUCCUAAAUGCAACUCAACAAGCGUGGGGUGUCCUGGCCAUGUCGUGCAUCCUCGGAUGGCUCAUCAACAUCGCCGUCUUCAUGCAAAUCAAGUACACCAGCGCCCUCACAAAUUCGGUUUGCGGGACCGCGAAAGCCGGCAUUCAAAUCCUCCUGGGUGCCAUCUGUUUCGGAGAAACCACAAGUCUACUCAACUUUGUCGGCAUAGUCAUCAUACUCGGGAGCAGCUUCUGGUACGGAGUGGUAACGUCCGAGGAAAACGCUAAGCAAAAAAAGUUGAACCAAGCCGACGUGUAAAAUUUUGGCCUGCGUGCUCUCUGUACAACGCACGCAUUGAAAAACACCUCGCUCCACGCUCUCCUCGAAACGCCUGUCAAGCACAAUUACACGUGUCAAACCACGACUCGGCGCCGAAAAAAAAAAUCAAUCAAUCUAACACAAUUUCAACGCGCGUUCUUUCAUCCUCACCUCCUACAUAAUAGGCCAAAACUCCCACAACUCGCCCAUCCAUGGAUACCAGGGACUGCUCCUCUCCCCACUCCCACCCAAAACACUGUCCCUCAAUAUCGACAACCACCGCGACAUAAAGCAAUAAACACGAUCCAGAACCAAAAAAA